AUGAAAGUAGCUGGCAUAGAUCAUUGUGUAUUACUGUUGGAUUCAUGCUCAGUUAAAAAAAUUUACGUAGGACCAUUGUUGGCAUCAAAAUUUGAUCACAUAUUGCAAACAACUCAUCGAAUAAAUAAAUCAUUAGCAGAUGUUGUUUCAAUGAAUUUUACAAAAAUAUGUCCCAAAUCAGAAUGCAUAUAUUAUUUGUCUCCGUUGGAUUUUUUCUUUUAUUGUUGUUGCAAUACGAAUUUCGAACUUUGUGCUUAUACAAGCAAUGAAAAAUCACUUUCAUAUGCAAGUAAAAAUGCGGAAGUUUGGGCAAAUAAUUUUCCAAUACGAUCAUUUCUAAAAGUUGAUUUACAUAAUGUUAAAACUGUUAGUAAAGUUACGGGAAAUCUGAUAUCAACUGGACUUAAUACACCUUUACAUCUUUGUGCAAUUGGUACAUAUAAUGUAACAAUUGGUAACUGGAAAAAGGAAGAUUUUACGGUAAAAAUAGGAAAACGUGAACUAUUAGCAGAACCGCAAAAAUUUUGCUAUUUUAUAGCUUCUUUGCAAUUUAAGCAAACGGAACGAAAGCCACCAACAUCGCAUAUUUUCCCGUGUAUGAGUCAAUUAUAUUCUUAUUUAAUGAUUUAUUUUAAUCGUCGGUUCGAUGAUACUUACAUUAAAUGCAGUCGUUACUUUCUGUUUGAUACAUUCGAUGAAGUGAUGCUCAUUGAAGAUUAUUCAUUUUAUUCACCGAAAAAUUUAACUCUGAAAAAAUUGUACAAGCAAGGAAAAAACCUGGACAAAAUGGGGCAAAAGUACAAUAUGACCAUUCAGCAUGGCUGUAUCCGUAAAAUAUUUCUGCCAAUUCUCGAUCCAUUCUGCAGAUUACUUAUCCCAGUUCUUACCAAUGUUAUUCAGUGUUCCUGUUUUCAAAGUCCACGUCUGCAACAGCCAUGUGAUGCUAACUUUGAGAAAGCAGUACAUGAAGAAGGAUCAAAAAUAACUGUGCCGAUAUGUUUAAAAACAUCUGGAAAUUUGAAAAAUCUCUCCAAUGACGAAUAUAAUUUCGGUAUUUUAGGCUCAGCAAAGUAUAUAAAAGCGCAAACAAAAAAUUAUCCAUUAUGCUACGAUAUGGUAGCAAUUGAUCCACACAAAUAUGGUGUUGAACAUCGUAGUGGACCAUUUGAUGAG